GGGAUUUUCCACUAAGAUACGUCAACCCGGAAGCCGCCCCAAAGCUGUUUAACGUUGAGACCCAAGAGACCCAUCGGAAAUUCCCCACACAAAGCUUGCUGCAGCUCCAGGCUCCAACAUAACCACAUCUCCAGUAUCAUUCUCGUCACCAACUGCUAACCAUCAUACCAUCAAACACGCGGCAGCGGGGCUCGUCGAGUCCACUCGUGUGUGGCAGUCUUUACUAGACAUUCCGUUUGUAUCUGUUUUCGCCUUCAGCAUGUGAUCUGCGACACACCACUCAGCCUGCCUGUCUUGGUCGCCUCCUUGAAUAUCUGAGCGCAAUCGCUUUACUCGCCCUUUUAUGGCAGCGAGCGAGCAUAUCUCGGAAGAACAGCGCAAAAUUAUUGAUCGAUUUUACUUUUUGGAUCUUGUGGACUUCGACCUGCUUUUGGUUUCGUCCGUUCCGAGGAGUCCGCCCUUGAGUUCGCCGGCGUCAUGCAGUAUGUCCGGAGCAUUUCCGGCUCAGUCUCCAAGACAUGGAACUCUAUCAACCCCGCCACUUUGUCAGGUGCUAUAGAUGUGAUUGUUGUGGAGCAAGAAGAUGGUUCUCUGGCAUGUUCUCCCUUUCAUGUCCGCUUCGGGAAGUUUUCUCUUCUCAGACCAUUUGAGAAGAAGGUUGAAUUCAGGGUCAAUGGAGUCAAGCAGGAAUAUUCCAUGAAACUGGGAGAAGGCGGCGAAGCGUUCUUCGUCUUUGAAACAGCAGACGACGUUCCCGCCGCGCUCCAGACAUCCCCUUUGAUUACUCCAGCCAUGAGCCCGCAGAGCCUCCCUGCCGAAUUGGACAAUGGCUCAUCCCUCAGGGAACCUGAAUAUCUAGACUUGGAAACAGGAGGCAAGGGUUUUAAUGGCUCAGCGGCGAUUCGAAGGGCAGAAGCAGGCAUUCCCAUCUUGUCUCCGGAGAGGAGAGCGCAGAGCGACCUUGGCAACAUAACUCCUCUAUCUAGUUCACCUGACGCCCUACUCAAAUCAUCCAUGACCGACGAUUGGCCCAAUCAAAUCCCCACGUCCGCCUCUCUUAUAGAGCGUGCCGCUUCUGCUGAUGCUCUUCCAACGACUUUAAAGCCCUUUGGAAAUACCCUCAGAGCCUCUCAAUCUACCGAAGCACUCAGCAUCGCGCCAACGCAGACCACCGAAGAAGCUUUGGAGAAAGGGGAAGAACGUUCCGGAAGGUCUAAUAGCCCACCGCCUGUCCCAACUUCUGAGGCAAUCAACAGAGCCAUCUCCCUCUCUAAAAAGUUCUCGGGGUCAAAUAUCCCAACCCACGUAACUGAGAAGGGAGAUUUAAUGUUGGAUAUGACUGGUUAUAAGAGUAACGACGAGGAUUCGCUGCGAGCUGAAGUGCUCGCUCGCAAAAUCCUUGCGGAGGAGCUAGAAGGGAGCUAUGAUAUUGGAGCCCUCAUUAGUGCCGAUGAGCACGGAAACCUGUGGAUCUACAGCAGCGAACAAGCUAAAGAAGCUGCAAUGAAGUCAGCUGGCGCGGUUCACGCGCUGCUCAGUGGUUCAGCCAGGCCUCAAAGUGACGCCGCGUCCGAUCCAGGUUACCACAGCGAUGGUGAGCACAGCACGCCCUCAAUUGAAGGUCCUGGCGACCGGCAGCGUCGGGAAUCAGACGGUGCCCUUGAUGGGCUCGUAACGCCGCCCAAAACUCCAAAUGCGACGACAGCAGGUGAUCCGAAUCGUAAUUAUGCGAAAACUCUUCGUCUCACAAGUGAGCAGCUGAAAGCUCUCAAUCUCAAGCCCGGCGUCAACACCAUGAGCUUCAGUGUCAACAAAUCAACCUGCAACGCUUUCAUCUACCUUUGGUCUUUUGACGUUCCAAUAGUCAUCUCCGACAUUGACGGAACGAUAACCAAGUCUGAUGCGCUGGGCCACGUGUUGAACAUGAUCGGCCGUGACUGGACCCAUGUCGGGGUCGCAAAACUGUAUACGGACAUUGUGGCGAACGGCUACAAUAUCAUGUACCUCACCAGUCGGUCCGUUGGACAGGCAGACACUACGAGAGCAUAUCUCAAUGGGGUUGUUCAAGAAGGCUAUAAACUGCCCAAAGGCCCCGUGAUUCUGAGCCCCGAUCGCACUUAUGCUGCCCUACGACGAGAAAUUUACCUUCGCAAGCCAGAAGUGUUUAAAAUGUCAUGCCUACGAGACAUUUUAAAUCUCUUUGGUCAGAAGCACAACCCAUUCUAUGCUGGUUUUGGUAAUCGAUUCACGGAUGCCCUAAGCUACCGAUCUGUCAACAUACCGUCUAAUCGUAUCUUCACAAUCAACUCGAAUGCAGAGGUCUCUUUGGAUCUCCUCAGCUUGAACAAAUACAGGAGUAGCUAUGUUUCCAUGCGGGAAAUUAUUGAUCAUUUCUUCCCUCCUGUAGGGCUUUUGGUGAAGGAAGGUGGUGAGGAGUUCACCGAUUUCAACUAUUGGAGAGACACACCUCUCGAGCUGGAUGAUUUCUCUGCGAGUGAAAGUGAAGAUAGCGAGGAGGAUGUUGAGGAGGAAGGAAGCGUUCAUAGCGAAGAUGAAGGGAGCGAAGGUUCUGAUGAAGACGAUCAAGUGACCAACCUUGGGGAAAGUUUUGUCUCCCAGAGGACACUGGACGAGACCGGGGACAUGGAUGAAUCUAUCUUGGAAAGUAUCGAGGGUGACGAUAUCGCUGGAGAAGCCUUCAGGUCAAAUGACUAUAAUGAUGAGUCUGAGGAAGAUGAGGAUGACAAUGCUUACGAGGAGGAUGGUGAAGAGGAAAACGAAGACGAUAAGGAACAAGAGUCACGAGGCGAACCUAAAGCCAGCAGCAUUGACGCGGACAUUGGUCUCACCAGUGAUGUGGUUGAUGACCUCGAUGACAGAGUGAAAAGCCUCACACUGGGCAGAGAUACAGCCGAUGGGACUCCUGUACCUUCUGCGACACGAGGGAGUAAUGAGCAUACUGAGACGAGGGAAUGACGGCACGUCGAUUCAUUUCAAGCGGCGGGUUUGGGAGCAGCACAACUGUUUUCUCAACGCGAAUCUCAUCUCCUAAGCUGAAAUUUUUAUUAAAUCUUCACUCCGACGGGAAUGGCGUUUGCAAGUGUUACAUUAUUACUGCAUAGCAUAGCAUAGCAUUUGGUGGCAUGGCAUUUCGGGCUCGGAUCUGGCGUACUUAUAAGACCUCGGACUUGACCUAACAGCACUAUAUUAUAGAAUUAAUUUGAUAAUUUCACUAUGAGCUGCGGAACUGUAUUAGAAAAUUGCAUGCCAUUC